AUGACUUUUGCAACUGUUUAUAUCAAGCCACACACCCCAAGAGGUGACUGGUUAGCAUCUCUAGGUCAAUAUGUUGGUCUUGAAAUCAAGACUGUUGAUUACAAGUCUGCAGAGGCAUCCAAGUUCGAAGAGCUCUUCCCAUUGAAGAGAGUCCCUGCACUUGUCACCCCCAACGGGUUCCAACUAACUGAACUCAUUGCUAUUGUUGAGUACAUUGUUGCAAAGGGUUCAAAGCCCGAGUUGUCCGGAAAGACUACCGAGGAAAGGGCAACAAACACCAGAUGGUUAUCAUUCUUUAACUCCGACUUUGUUCAAGCAGCCGGUGGUUACUUCAUGGGUCCUAACGAUGAAAUCAAGCAACAAAGUCUUCAAACCAUGUUGAGCUUACUCGAAUAUAUCGACAAACACUUAUCCCAAUCCAAGUACUUCACCAAUAAUACCAUCUUAACUGCCGACAUCUUUGCCUUCCAAAUCUUCGCAAUGGCAAAACAAUUCGGUGUUGACUUCACCCACUAUCCGAACGUUGAGAGGUUUACUGGUGAGGUCUCCCAGCAUCCAAUUAUCAAGAACAUGUAA